AUUGACGAGUGGCACAAGGAAUACAAUGCGACUUGUUCUGAAAACAAACAAACAAAACAAAACAUAAAAUAUAUCUAUAUAAACCGUGUAACACUAUAUAAUCAAAAGUUAUAUUUAUAUGUGUAUAAACAUGUCGCCAAAAAAAAAGUCUGAUAUCAAUGCAAAAGCGGAAGCUAGAUACAUACAGAGGGCAGCCAAACAUGCUUAUGUAAAGUCUGUAAUACCCCUAAAACCCUCCUCCGACCCACCUACUCCGAGCAAGUUCAAACUAGAAGAAACUCUCUUUGUUUUUGAUCCGGUGUAUCUCUGCAUUAAUACCUGUAAUUAUUUGUUACAUGUUGCAAUCAUUUUCUUUUCUUUGACGUGCAGUGCGGAGUGUUAUAAACUGAAGAGAUGAGUGAAGAAGAUGACAAUUAUAUUCUCGAGCUGGACUCAGAGACAGAGAUAGAGAUGAAAGAAUCUGAGAUUAUGCUAAAAGAAUUUGUUUAUUCUGAGGAGUUGCCAACAUACAAAUCUAUUCCUAAAGGUCAAGUUGUGCCAAAAGUGGAACGGGCGGAUUUCAAUGGUAACCCUGACUCACUGUAUUUCAAUGAUGGAAAGAGACGGAUUGAUUUUGUUUUGGUCUAUGAGGACGAGUCCAAAAAUGUGUCUGAUAAAAAAACUUCUAUCAUAAGGAGAAAACAGAGACGAAGAGAAUAUUUUGAAGCAAGCCUGAUGAAUAUGGGUUUGGAAUUGGAAACAACACAGUCUGUGGUGGAUGAGAAGCUUUGCUUUGUGAAAGUGCACAUGCCCUUUGAGGUUCUGUGUACAUACGCUGAGGUUCUGCACAUCAAACUGCCCAUUCAGCCCAAUGAUCUGGCCCCUCGCUCAUCAGCGUACAACUUCUUCCCGCAGUACUUCUACCCCAGUCCGGAGGUCAUCGCCAAGGAGACAGAGUACUUCACGGCCCCGUUCAAGAAGAAUCAGCUGGAGUAUUUUUACGUGAAGGACAGAGAGCUGUUCUUCACACCGGCCAUGAGGAGUAGAAUGGCAUACUACAUCCUCUGUCGAGCUCCGUAUGAUGUCAAAGGAAAUGUUAAAAGGUUUGGCAUCUCUAAGCUGCUGGAUGGAGGCGUGUAUAAGGCUGCGUAUCCUUUACAUGAUUGCAGAUUUAAUGUGAAAUCUAAAGAGCUGUAUUGCCCCAAUGAACGAUUUCUGCUGUACAAUGAGUGGGCACAUCCCAAGAGCUUCUACAAGAUGCAACCUCUCGACUUGAUAAGAAAGUAUUAUGGGGAGAAGAUCGGCAUUUAUUUUGCUUGGUUGGGUUUCUACACGGUCAUGCUGACGCUCGCCGCUGUGGUCGGUCUCGGCUGUUUCAUAUUUGGAUACACAACCAGAGAGAGCAGCACGUGGAGCAAAGAGGUGUGUGACCCUCUGAUUGGUGGGAAUAUUAUCAUGUGUCCACAGUGUGAUAAGAACUGUCCAUACUGGAGACUGAACACCACGUGCGAGUCCUCUAAAAAACUGUGUGUGUUUGAUAACUUUGGGACGUUAGUGUUUGCAGUUUUCAUGUCUGUAUGGGUGACGUUGUUUCUGGAGUUUUGGAAACGGUACCAGGCAAAACUGGAGCAUGAGUGGGACAUGGUGGAGUUCCUUCCACAGGAAGAGCAAGUUCGACCCGAAUACGAGGCCAAAUGUGCAUACGAGAGAUUCAACCCUAUUACACAGACCAAAGAGAAGGUGCCCUACACACCCUGUGGGAAAUGCAUGAGAGUAUCGUGUGGAAUCGGGACAGUGUUAUUCUGGGUUAUGCUGAUUAUCGUGUCUGUAGUCGGGGUGAUCGUGUACCGGCUGGCGAUGUUCAUCACGUUCUCUGCGACACUGCGUGCUGAUCUGAGGGAUCGUAAGGAGCUGGAGCCAUUUAAAGAGUAUGUCACCCCUCAGAUGGCCACGUCCAUCACCGCCUCCAUUAUCAGCUUCAUCCUCAUCAUGAUUCUGAACAACGGCUAUGAAAAAGUGGCCAUCUGGAUCACAGACUUCGAGCUGCCACGGACGAGAACGGAAUACGAAAACAGCCUGACUCUAAAGAUGUUCCUCUUUCAGUUCGUGAACUAUUACUCAUCCUGUUUCUACAUCGCGUUCUUCAAAGGGAGCCUGGUGGGCUAUCCGAGAGAGCCCGUGUACUGGCUGGGAGCAUACCGCAAUGAGGAGUGUGAUCCUGGAGGAUGCCUUACUGAGCUGACUACACAGCUGUCAAUCAUCAUGACAGGGAAGGCCAUCUGGAACAACAUACAGGAAGUCCUGUUGCCGUGGGUGAAGAAUCUGAUAUUCCGUCAUUGCACUCAAGUGGGUAGCGAGAAAAUAAUUCCACGCUGGGAACAAGACUAUCAGCUACAGCCAAUGGGGAAGCUCUGCCUGUUUUAUGAAUACCUGGAGAUGGUGAUCCAGUUUGGUUUUGUGACUCUGUUUGUGGCCUCAUUCCCGUUGGCUCCUCUCCUGGCGCUCAUCAAUAAUCUGUGUGAGAUCCGUGUGGACGCCUGGAAGAUCACCACCCAGUUCCGUCGGAUAGUUCCAGAAAAGUCUCAAGACAUUGGAGCCUGGCAGCCGAUCCUACAGGGAAUUGCGAUCCUAGCAGUGGCCACAAAUGCUGCUAUCAUUGCCUUCACGUCUGAUAUGAUUCCUCGUCUGGUUUAUUACUGGGCUUUCUCUGUAAUCCCGUAUACAAACAGUUCAGAUCACACUAUGCAGGGCUUCAUUAACAGCUCACUGUCUGUCUUCAACAUCAACGACUUCUCAGAGAAGAGCAAACCUAACAAUGACACCAUUCCAUACUGGUUUAAUAGCACCACAUGCCGGUAUCGUGAUUUCAGGAAUCCUCCUGGUCAUCAUAAUGAAUAUGAGUUCAGCGUACAUUAUUGGCAUGUCAUUGCUGCCAAAUUGGCAUUUAUGAUUGUGGUAGAGCACAUUGUUUACUUAACCAAGUUCAUACUGUCCUACAUGAUACCGGAUAUUCCAAAAGCUCUGACUGAACAGAUCAAACGUGAGUGUUACCUGACGCAGGUGAUCCUGCAUGAAACCAGUAUCAAACACUUCACUGACCUCUUGAAGCCUGUUGCUGAGGGACUUGAGGACCAAGUUGAAGAGCUGGAACUGGACUUGGACAUGCAUUUGUGAAACCAUCUAAUGAGGGGUGGGGGGGUCUGGAUCAAUUCUGCAUACCAGAAUUGAUCCAGAUGGUUGAGUGGGAGGGGCUUAACAAUAAGAGAGCUUGGUGAUGUCAUCCAGCAUGAACAGUCGGGGCAAGUUGUUACAUUUUUGAUAAAAGAUUACAAUGACAAACAUUUCUGUUUUUGGGAAUAACAUGCUCACUGACUGCGCAAUGAGACCAGGAAUGUGCUUUAAGAAAGUAAAAGGGGUCUGAAAGGUUUGAUUUCAUGUUGACUUUAACUGCACCCCUCCCCUAGUCUAAACUCCACCUUUAUCCCUAUUCCACCUAUUGUCUGAGUCUUAUUCAAGGACUGUGCCUUAACCUCAAACAAACAGAGCCAAGGUUUGCAUAGUGCUUUUCAUUUUAACUGGCACUUCUCAUUCAAAGUGGCUUACAAUGACUUUAUUGUUCUGGUACCUAGUAAGUGCCUUACCUUUAUACAGAUGGAGCAGGAGAUGGCUCUUAGUUGGAGUUCAAACCUACAGCCUCUGCAUUAGCACCUCAGAUCUGUAUUAUGCUUAAAAAGUUAAGAAAUUGUCCUUUGUUUCAAUAUAAUGUUAUAAAAACCCAGGUAUUUAUACGAUAAGUGAUCUUACAUACCUAAUGGGCAUAAUUUGGUAUAAAAUGGUGAAACAUACUUUUUAGAAGAAGACUAAAAAGUGUUUGAGUUUUAGAGAGAGAUCAUUUGAUUAAUUUCUGCACUGAUGUUUUAUUAAAUGCAACUGGCUGUCAAACACAUAUUGAGCUGUGCAUAAGCUACACAAAUACAUUUCCUCAGGCACUUUUUGAGACUAAAUAGACACACAACUUACACCAUUUCUGUUGUACACCCAAAUGACAAUAGCCAAUAAAUCUUUUUGU